CUCCGCGUCGUCCAUCGCCUCCUCAGCUUCCUCCUGUCUCUCUCGCUCCCGGUCUCGGCGUCGGCAGCCAAGCACCUUUACAGACUAGGACAGGAUAACACAUGGAUAACCCGGGGUGGCACGCACGCCAUCGGGCACAAAAGGACGAGGCGCGAUGGAGUGCGCCGUUCAGAGGACCCGACGGCAGGUUCCAGCCUGUGGAGGAAAUUGGCCCGAUGGCGGAGCCCUUCGUCGGAGGCUUCAACGUCCCACCUCCCUCGCCGAACCCGUCCAUCGCACCCCCGCCGCCCCCGCCGAAGGACCCGUCGUGGCUCAAGCCCGGCGUGCGCAUACCCAGUGGGGCGAAUGCGAGCUGGUCCGAGAUCUCGCGCACUGAAUCGACUGCGUCAGGCGCGCCCAACUCGCUGAACUCCAUGUUCGCGAACAUGAGCGCGGUCGAACGCUCGAACAACCUCCGCGUCGCGCGCAUGAACCCGUACCUGCAGUUCAUGGCGGGCCCGCUGCUGCGCUACGACACCGUGGACGAGCGCGGCGUCUGGCGCGGCGCGGCGAUGAUUGUGACUGCGGAUGCUGGGUCCGUGUACGAGCCGCUUCCGACGCUGACCUACCACUGGGACCCGAGCCGUGAAGUCGGGAACCUCAAGCGUCACGUCUCCAGCCGCACCCACGGCAAGUCGUUCGACCUCGCGCCGCAUCCCGCAGAUCCCUUGUCCAAUGUCCAUCCUGCGUCUCCCACGCGCUCCCACGAAAACGGCGAAUAUGCGGCGCCCGAUCCUGAACAGCGCAGCGUCGCGGGGCAGGAGCUGUAUGUAUACUACGGCAACGGCGGCACGUUCACCUUCUGGCGCUUCAUGAUUGAGAUACCCCUUGCUUCACACGAGAUGAAGAUCAACUAUACCAUCAAUAAUGGCCUCGAGCUGAGCUUUCAUGUGCCGGGCCGUAAUCAAAAUAUGCGGUGGGCCGCUUAUUCGUGCAACGGGUUUAGUUCAGGAGUGAACUCGGACGACUUCCGCGGGCCAGGGUUCAAGAGCGGGUACGACCCGGUCUGGAUGGACCUGCUCGCGCACCACGCGGAAGCGCCGUUUCACGCACUUGUUGGCGGCGGUGAUCAGCUCUACUGCGACAGCAUCAUCCGUGAGCCAGAACUGCAAGACUGGGUGACCCAGACGAAGCCUGAAGCCAAGCGCAACUACCCACUGACGGAGGAAAUGCGCCUGGCGAUCGACCGGUUCUACUUCAACCACUACUGUCAGUCGUUCCGAAGCGGCGCGUUCGCUCGCGCCAACAGUACGAUACCGAUGCUGAAUAUGUUGGGUGCGCACGACCAGAUCGACGGUUUUGGCAGCUAUCCGGACGAGUUGAUGAAGUCGCAGGUGUUUGGAACGAUCGGCGCGCGAGGUUACUUCUUCUUCCUGCUCUUCCAGUGUUUCAUCAACGUCGAGGUUGACGGCAUCGACGAUCUACACCAUCCGUUCAAGUCGCUAAUCAUCGGUGGUCACGGUCCAUAUGUGCCGUUCCCCUCCCACUCGUUCCUCUCAUGGAUGGGGCCUCAAGUACACAUACUGCUUCUAGACUGUCGGGCUGAGCGCAAGCUGGAUCAAGUCUGUAGUAAAGCGGAGUACGAAGCCGUAUUUACUCGCAUGCGCUCUGUGCCGCGCACUGUCGAGCAUAUGGUCGUACAGAUGGGUAUUCCGAUAGCGUACCCCCGCAUGGUCUUCCUGGAGAGCGCGUUGGACUCAAAGCUCAAUCCCUUGGUUGCGCUGGGACGAAAUGGGUCGAUGGGUCUUUCGGGCUUCGUCAACAAGUUUAACGCGGAUGCUGAGCUGCUCGACGACCUUAACGAUCACUGGACAGCGAAACUUCACAAGAAAGAGCGCAACUGGCUCAUCCAGGAGCUCCAGACGUAUGCGCUGGAUAGGCACUCGCGCGUUAGCUUCGUAUCCGGCGACGUUCAUUGUGCCGCCGUGGGUAUAUUCAAGACCUGGGUAAAAGAGAAGAAAAAGGCCCCGGUGCUGCCUGCACUGGACCAUCGCUACAUGGUCAACGUCACCACUAGUGCUAUCGUGAACACGCCACCGCCGAACGGCGUCAUCACUAUGGUAUCUGCGCUUUCUUCGAAGACUCACCGCACGUUACAUCACGCCGAUACGGACGAGACCAUGCUCCCCAUCUUCGAAAAGGACACCGAUGGAAGCCAGCCCAAGAGCAAGUACAUCAUGGGCCGCCGAAAUUGGUGCAGCGUCAAGUUCGACAACAGCUCAGGAGACCUCAUAUGGGACAUCCGGAUUGAGAUCCGGAAAGGUUAUGGUCAAACCACUGGCUACACCGUUCGUUCUCCGCCACCGCGUUGGCACAGAUCUUAAGUCGCCUUCGUCUUCGCCCUCGCCGUCAUCAUCGACACCCCCACCCUCGUUCUUCUUUCACGUUACCGUAUCAUUAUGCACCGACGUCGCUCGUUAGUCCUAUUGCUCUCUCCCGCAUUCUAAUCCCGAGCCUGGGUAAUUGCCGCGGCCAGCUCAUCUCUAGCUCAUCUUCCGCACUUAACUCUA